AUGGUCAAUCUCAGUCUCUUCCUUCACAAGGGCACUGAGGGAGUCCAGACGAACGCGGUUAACGCUGUACGAAUGGGAGAUGGUGCAUCUCGGCCUCCUACUGCAGGACGGCGCGGGGGGGUCGUGAAGAACGGGGUUCGCGCCUCAGAGCUGUACGAGCUUGCGAUUGACAGGAGGGACGAUGUGCAUGCAUUGGACAAUCUUGGUCUGCUGCUACACCACGGCACGGAAGGAGUGGAAAUGGACGAGGUCCGCGCUCUGGAGCUGUACGAGCGUGCGCAGCGGUAA